AAACUCAACUAUUGCAACAAUGGUGACAUCGGCAUCUAGACGCUUGGCUGUCGCCAUAUUCGCUAUCGCAGCCGGACUGGUUCUCCAGGUUCAUGGUGAGAAGCAAUGGUGGCAAACAACGACUGUCUAUCAGAUUUGGCCGCGAUCCUUUAAGGACAGCGAUGGAGACGGAAUUGGCGAUUUGAAUGGUAUCACAAGCAAACUGGAACAUCUAAACGACAUGGGAAUAGAGACAAUAUGGAUAUCCCCAUUUUUCAAAAGUCCACUAGUCGACAGUGGCUACGACGUCUCCGACUACUUAGCCAUAGACCCAAUGUAUGGGACUUUGGAGGACUUUGACAAUCUAGUAGCUCGCGCCAAGGAACUUGGAAUCAAAGUGGUUCUGGACUACGUUCCUAACCAUACGAGUACGGAACACGAGUGGUUUAAGUUAUCCGAAGCCAGUGUCGCCCCCUAUACCGAUUAUUACGUGUGGCACGAGGGAAUUCUGGAUGAAAACGGUACCAGAAGACCACCGAACAAUUGGUUGAGCCUUUUCAAUAGCGGAAGUGCUUGGGAAUGGAGCGACAAGCGACAGGCUUAUUAUUACCAUCUAUUUGAAAAAAGGAUGGCAGAUUUGAACUUCAGGAAUGAGUUAGUCAUUCAGGAAACGAAGAAAGUAAUUACGUACUGGCUGGAUCGCGGUGUUUUUGGAUUACGUAUGGAUGCAAUGCCACAUAUCUACGAGGAUGCUGAAUUUAGAGACGAACCGUUAUCAGGAAGAGACAUACCUGCUAAUGAGUACAUGUACUUAAAUCAUAUCUAUACCAAGGAUUUGAUUGAAAAUUAUGAACUUAUUCGUAUAUGGAGAGAUCACUUUGAUGAAUAUAAUGCAAAGGCUAAUGAUGGUCUAGAGCGCAUCAUGUUUACCGAGGCAUUCACUGAUAUAUACAUGAUGACUUUAUAUUAUCAUUACGGUGCUCAUAUCCCGUUCAAUUUCCUCUUUAUCACAAACAACGGUAUUGGCUAUAAUGCUGCAACUCAGUCACCUGCAGGAAUCAAGAAUAUUAUUGAUGAAUGGCUUCGGCAUAUGCCUGAAGGAGCAACACCCAACUGGGUCAUUGGCAAUCAUGACAGAGCGCGCAUGGCCACGCGUUUCGGUUCCGAGAAGAUAGAUAUGUUCAACUUCAUUUUACUUUUGUUACCUGGCGUCAUGACGGUUUACAAUGGUGACGAGAUCGGCAUGACGAAUACGUAUAUAAGUUGGGAGGAAACACGAGAUCCUGAGGCCUGCAACAUUGGUCCUGAUCGCUAUCAUGCAUUUUCUAGGGAGCCUGUGCGCACGCCUUUUCAAUGGGAUGAUUCUACGUCAGCAGGAUUCUCUACGAACACCACGGUGUACUUGAAAGUGAACGAGAAUUAUCGUACACUGAAUUUGGCGGCGCAAAAGGCUGCUGAUAAGAGUCACUAUAAGAACUUCCAGGCAGCCAUGAGGCUCAGGAACACGACGGUGGCCAAAGAUGGAGCCCUGAAGACACUCGUUAUCGGCGAGGAUGUCUUCGCCAUGUCCAGAGAAUUGGAUGGUCACGACCCCCUACUCGUUGUUAUUAACUGGUCGAAGUCUCCGGUAACAGUCAGUCUUGAUGACUUCAGUAACUUCAGUGAGAAGCUGGAAGUGCUUCUGUCGGACGUUAAUAGUGAUUUCAAAUUUGGAGACACUGUAUCCAGGAGCAGCAUUACCCUGCAGGGUAAUGCAGCUUUGGUAUUAACAUCAUCUGACAUUACCCGGUUCCACUACUCGGACGCCUCAGAAGCGCCUGUCCAACACCAUCCUUGAAAUUCUUCUUCAACGUGUAAAUCAAGUUGAAAUAUGAAAAGCAGAAUUUAAUAAACCUCGGUUAAUAAUGUGGUCAUAAAUUGAAUUGACAGUAGUUAACAUUUAACUACCUGUUUUUCACGCAUGUCAGAUGCUACCUAAAUGUAAUAAUACAAUUUUAUGGUUAUAAGUGGUGACUUAUAAAGUAAUUAUACCUGCAA